CUGGCGGGAUUGGAUGCAAAGUCUAGCGGAAAGAUGGGCUCCAGAGCCCUGGUCUACUACUUCGCCACGACGAUCCUGGCUGGCAUCACGGGCAUCUUCGUGGUGGUCGCCAUCCAUCCGGGGGACCCGAGUGUCAAGAAACUGGCGCAUCAAGAGGAGAAGGAGAAUAUCAAAGUUCUCGACACCUUCCUCGACAUCUUCAGUGCUGCAGGAGCUGAAGGAAAAGUGCUCUCUGACUUUUUCUACGUUCUCAACGACAUCAUCAUGAAGAUGGUGGAGAUGAUCAUGUGGUAUUCGCCAUUCGGGAUCAUGUGCUUGAUCGCGGGUAAACUGAUGGAAAUCGACGAUUUGGAAAGAACGGCGGGCAUGUUGGGCAUGUACAUGGUGACGGUGAUCGUGGGUCUGCUGAUACACUCAGUCAUAACACUCCCGCUCAUCUACUUCGCCAUCACCAAGAAGAACCCGGGCACGUUCUUCAAGGGAAUGCUCCAGGCCUGGGUCACUGCCCUCGGAACUGCUUCAAGUUCGGCGACGCUGCCAAUAACUUUCCGGUGCUUGGAGGAGAACAACCACAUUGACAAGCGCGUGAGUCGGUUUGUGGUGCCCGUGGGCGCCACUGUCAACAUGGAUGGAACAGCAUUGUACGAGGCGGUCGGCGCCAUCUUCAUCGCCCAGCUCAACAACAUUCCAUUGGGUGCUGGUCAGAUUGCCACCGUCAGCUUGACGGCCACUUUGGCAAGCAUUGGAGCUGCAUCGAUCCCGAGCGCAGCUCUGGUCACUAUGCUUAUGGUGUUGACAGCUUUGGACCUUCCGACUUCCGACGUUUCCCUCAUCUUCGCAGUCGACUGGUUUCUGGACCGUUUGCGCACGUCGAUCAACGUGCUCGGCGAUGCCUACGGCGCGGCCAUCGUGUUCCACCUCUCGAAGGAAGAGCUGGACAAGAUGGACCAAGAGCGAGCAGUGCAAGACCAAAUCGAAAUGGACCAGAUCGUGUCAUCGGGGGCCAAUAGCCGACGCGUGAGUCGCGUCAGCAUCCAACACCUGGCGUCCACGAUGCGAAACAACCCGCACCUCCGGAUCCCGUCACCCCCGUCUUACAACCCACCGGAACCGGGCAACGGUGGCAUGAACUUCCUCAGUGGAAGAGGCAUGCCCAAUUCGGAAACGCAGAUUUGAUGGAACAACAAUUAUUGCUCGUCAUCAUCAUCGGAGAAUUGAUGAGUUCCAGGAGUCGCUUUUUUGCUUGCAUAGCUGGCGCGCCUAAGCAGCUCCCUCUACAUUUGAGUUCGGGAAACACAACGCAGAUCUGCAUGAUGACGCGUUACGUUUUCUUCGCUGAUAGGGUUAUUCGCAGCCGUGCGACAAAUUAACCGGGAAUUCGAUUGCUAUAAUUGAUUUCAAUGAAGAUUUUCUUCGGAAGAGAAUCAUCGAUAAAUCGACGAAUAUUUUGAAAUUAA